AUGACGCGCGAUCGAUCAGUGGAACGCGACGGGAGCACCGUCAUUGGGUGGCGUCCCUUGCACGGUCGCUCCUUCCUUGCGUUUGCAUCCGCACCUGCCUUGGCGCAGCUCAAUCCACGUCCAGUCCUCACGCCCGCUCUCGCCCUCGGCGUCCCAACUGCAGCCGUUGUGUCUCUUCUCUUCUUGCAUCACCGCCCUCUGCCCUACGCGCUCCCCGUCCUGACGCGGCAUUGCAUUCCUUGUCGGCCACCCAGGCAGACGCAGCGCCCCUCCUCGACGACACGCCAGCUCACUCUCGACACGCCCUGCCUGUUAGCGCCGGUAAGCGAGCUCCUCCGCUGCUUCAUACUCCGCACAGGCGGUCGGACAGCAGCCCACGUCCCCAAGGGCCUCCUUUCUCACGACUCGCAGCAAAUUCGCCAGUCGUAUGACAGCCAGCAUACUCCCGCCGACUACUAA